AUGGGUGAACGCAAGAGCCGGGCCUCUCCAAAAUUGAACAAGGAUCAUUCCAGCUCCAGGAAGAUGAGUUCUUCGUCCUCAACUACUCCAACUGCCGCUAUCGUGCGAUGUCCAGCAUCGACCCUCCGCCGACUGCGCCAUCUUAAAGACCGUGAGGUUGUCACCCUCUUCACGCCAGUGGUCCCGCACCCGCCGUCAACGACCCUCGCAAAAGAUAUGGACCCUUUUGAGCCGCUAGGUAGAGCGCUGCCAGGACUGGUCCGUCAUGUCCCAUACCGUCUGGAUAUCGGAAUGACGGAAACGCAUCGAGACCAUCUUUCGUCCGCAGGCGCCAUCUUCGUGGUGGUGUGUGCCACUGAAAACAUCACCAGCCGCAACGCCGGAGCUCUGGAGAAACAAGCCAGGUUCGCCAGUGACUUGCAAAACAAAGUACAAACCAGCUCGGAUCUUGCAAAUGUCCCCGUUGUUGUACUAUUGGUCACGAAUGGUGCCGCUCGCUACAGCCACGAAGAGGCGUUGAAGGCCUUCCCGGUACUCGUCACCUGCGAAGACUACACACCUAGACCAUUGCAGGGAGCUGUGCACAGGAUAUUCGGGAAGUGA